UGAGCUGGAGAAGGGAAACAAUUCCAAGUUGAGUCUUUAUGACUUUUACAGGUGCAUUCCUCCGGGGUAACGCCACCACGUUCCACUGGAAGUUCAGACAGCAGAAAAAAAAAAAGCCAGACCAACUGUGUGCUCUCUAUUUCAUUCCAAUCAAACUCAAGCCUAAUCAAAUUGACAUCUCAUCAUGUUUCUGUUCUUUUAGAUGAAGCAGAAAGCAAUCUCUGGACGGAACCUCUUGGGAGCCCCGCAGGUGCCCUAUCCAUUAGAUACAGCCGUGCUUUCUGCUCACAUUUUUCCACGUCUGCAGCAUCCUUGAAAAAGAUAACCAGCCAUAGCUAUGACGACUAUCUCAAGGACUUUGUGAGUCCUGACCUUGGCUGAAUCUCCAAGAGUGGCAAACAACACGGCUGGAUAUGUCUGCAUGGGCUUGUCCGUCCUCGCCACCUGCUCAUAUUUCAACCAGAUGACGAUAGAAGUGAUGGAUAAUGAAUUCCAAGGAGCGCAGGCGUCUGAUCCGGACCUGCCCUUCAUGGACUACCUGGACAACGAUCACCUGGUCUGCAUCAAGUGGGGCUUCGACGACGAGCAGGGGAACAUCACCAUCAAAUUCAUCGUCAACACCACCGGCUGGGUGGGCUUCGGCCUGAGUCCCAACGGAGACAUGAGGGGGGCCGACCUCAUCAUGGGGGGCCUCGGGCCCGGCGGGAUCUACUUCAAAGAUUAUUACGCCACGGGCAACGGCUACCCGGUGGAAGACCAGCAGCAGAGCUACACGCUGCUGUCCCUCGAAGAGAGCGACGGGCAAACUCUCGUGACCUUCUCCAGGCCCUUCCAAACUUGUGAUGACCAAGAUCUCCCCAUCACCGCCCAAGCCAUGAAUCUGAUCUACGCUUACGGAAACACGGAUGAGAUCAGCUACCACGGGCCCCUCACCGGCACCAAAAAGCUCAACCUCCUCAAUUAUGUCUCCAGAGCCACCGCCGUGGCAAACGGAAACUCCAUCAGGGCCACCGUGGAAAACGUCACCAUCCCUCCGCAGGACACUUAUUACCACUGCAGGACCAUGAAGCUCCCCACCUUGAUUGGCAAGCAUCACAUCAUUCGGUUUGAGCCGGUGAUCGAGAACCCCGACGUGGUGCACCACAUGCUGCUGUACAACUGCCCGCCUUCGGUGACCACGCCCUACGACGGCGAAUGCUACCUGGACCGCUUGGGGGCCCUCUGCCACGCCAUCGUUGCCGCUUGGGCCCUCGGAGGCCAGAUCUUUGACUUUCCAGAAGACGCGGGCAUCCCCAUCGGAGGCAGCGACAACUCGGCAUUCUACCGGCUGGAAAUCCAUUACAACAACCCAAACAACGAAUCGGGCAGGACCGACAGCUCGGGUUUGAAGCUGCACUACACGGAUCAACUGCGCCCGCACGAUGUCGGCAUCCUCAGCACGGGCGUGUCGCCGUCCGGUUUGAUCAACUACGACAUUCCUCCCGGAGCCGCUAAGUUCCGCACCUUCGGUGUGUGCAACACCAGUCUCUUUUCUCAGAUCAUGGAGCCGGUGCCAGACUUGCAAGUUUUUGCCAUUAUGAUGCACACCCAUCUCGCCGGCAGGGAGGUCCGAGUGGGACAUUUCAGAAAUGGGGAGCAGUUGGGUUUCCUCGCCUCCAAUCCCAACUAUGACUUCAACCUGCAAGAGAUCACCAGAUUGGGAAGCAUCAAGACCAUCAAGCCGGGAGACGUCAUUGUGGUGGAGUGCUCCUACAGCACCUCCAAUCGAACAAAACCUACAAAGAUGGGCUUUGCCACCACCGACGAGAUGUGCCUGGCCUUCCUGCUCUACUACCCCAAAAUUGAGAUUGUAACAUGCAUCAGCUGGCCCAAUAUAUCAUCAGACCUGAACCAGCAAUUCCCUUCGGGAGGCUCGCUUUCAAACCAACAAGAAAUCGUGGCGUAUGAGAACCUGGUGAAGAACAUGUCGCAAAUUCAGAUUGUAUACACUAAGGACUACCAACUCGGCAUCAACCGUCACGGUCACGUCGGCGAUAUGAUGGAAACGCCAACUUUCCGCUGCGAGCAUACGGGCAACGCAUCGAGUAAAUGCACAUCCCGGAUUUGGCAUCAAGCAGCAGUCCUGUUGGUAGUCCUUUGGAUGGCUCUUUUCUAAACAAUCCACAAACACCAAUGUCUCAUUCGCUUUCUGUUGUGUCAUAUCCGUUUGGCAAAUAUGAUACAUAUUCAGUUUUAGGAUAUUCAUUUGAUUGCACUUAGUGUUUAUGAGAGUAGUUUGCACCGGUGAUCAAAUACUCUGUAUUAUUGUCAUCGUUAUCAAUUAUGCCGCAAUAUUAAGGAUAACAGUUAGAUUUGUGAUUUUUGUAUUGUCUUUUGCUUGUGAAAUUUGCCAUAUAGGAUUGAUAGGUGUGGUGGAGGAAAUGCAUUUAACCAAUUAAAAGGCCAAAAGAAAAGGA